GAACAUUCUCCUGCUUUUGCUCUUCCACGUCGCUGUCGCGCAACUUGUACGCUCUCCUUGCGUUCCACUGGUUUUUUCUCUGUUCUUAUUGUGCCUCGCUCUACGUCCUGUAUUUCGCUUAGCUGUUGGGCGCGUAAUCAUUGUCACUGUAUCCUUACCUAUCAUUGCAAAAGACUUUCUAUUCUUCUGCUUGAGUCAGCGAAAAAAUGCCUGAGGAAGAUUAUGAUAUCUACGGCGAAUACGAAGCUUAUGCUGUCGGCAGAGCCAACCAGGGUAUUGACGGACAGGAAUUCGAUGCAAAGGAAGAACCGGUGGAGGCUAUGAUGACUGUAGUCGAACCCUCAACAGGUGAGAAACGGCCUCGAAGCGACGAAGAGGAGGAAGAUGAAGCGAAACCGUCACCCGCCCAACACUCGCCUCCAGCAGCUCCUCACAUCCAGCCAAUCCAGCAAGGGCAGGUUAGGGCCGAAGGUGUCUCGCAUGGCAUGAACGGUAACUACAAUGCCGUUGUGCAAAACGGUAGUCAUAUGGGAGGCGGGACAGAUCCGUCGAUGAUGGGCUAUGAUGCACUGUAUAUUGGCGAUUUGCAAUGGUGGACAACGGAUGAGGACCUGCGUCAAGUCGCUCUUAAUCUCGGCGUGUCAAUCGAUCACCGUGACAUUACGUUUUCUGAGCACAAGGUGAAUGGCAAGAGUAAAGGUAUCGCCUACGUGGAGUUCAGUAGUUUCGAAAACGCCAACGCGAUCAAAACAUGGUUCGAUAAUAAUGACUUUCAAAAUAGACGUGCUACAGCAACUCUAACAAGUUCGUCGCAAGGCAAUCCAUUCCGCACGCUCCCAAAAGAACCACCACCUCGAGACACCCGAAACACCCAGCAAGGAACCCCCAUAUCCACAUCGGGAACAAGCAUGGGCCGCGGCUCGACAGGGAACUUUCGCGGUAAUGCUUCCAACCAAAUGGGGGGAGCCAUGAUGGGUGCACAAGGUCGCGGGGGGUGGUGGUAUGGCGAACAACAUGAUGCGCGGUGGCAUGCCCGCAAUGAUGGCAUGGUUCCCCAGGGACCCAGAGGAGGUGGUAUGAUGGUAGGCGGGCGUGGUAGCAUGGGAGGAAUGGGUAUGGGCUUCUAACGGUCUCAUGCAUGUGGAUUGUUGUUCUUACUUGCACUUGAUGUACGCUAUAGGUGUGGGAAUGAUGGGAUCACGCGGCGGCUUCGGCAUGCAAGGUCACUUCAACCCAGCGUUCAUGCAUGGCCAGCAAGGUGGUCAGUUUGGUGGCGGCUCAGACAGGAAGCGAUUCCGAGCGGACGACAAUUGAUAAUGCAUCAAGACGCCCGCAAUUCAAAACACCCGUGGAUUGACGUAUCUAAUUAUUUAUUUAUUUCUAUCCUCCACUCCUUCGUAUCAUGGGCUCGGCGUCUUAACUUGUUGAUAUUUACUUGCCCUUGUCACUGUUGACAUCGCUGAUGUACAAUAACCUAUCAUUGUAAUAUUGAUACGUGCAUCGUCCAUUCUCCGCCACGC